GGGUUCUUGGAUGUCGGGGCCUGGCGCCAAGGGCGCUGAUGCAAAUGCUGCCCAGGGCAACAAGAUUGCGCUCAGGAGGAUGACGCCCAAAAGGAAGCGAUUGGUGUGCGACGAGGACGACGAGGACGAGCCGGUGCAAUUCGCGGAGGCGAUGAAGCAGAGCGCGUGGAAGGGAGGGUUUUGCGUCCAAGAGAGCCCCGCCGGCGAUGUUGAUGCUCCCAAGAAUGCCUCUAGCAUCGAGGACGAGCUCCCUGUCGCUGUGGUUCCCGACGACGAUGGCAUGCCUCGGGCGAGAGCGAAAUGGCGGCCAUACGAGGGUCACGUCCCUCUUUUGCCGGACGCUCCAGCUUUUUACCCGGACAAGGAUGAAUUCUCUGACCCGAUCAAGUAUAUCAGCAGCAUUCGUCAGGACGCAGAGCCUUAUGGCAUUUGCCGCAUUGUUCCUCCGCGAUCGUGGCGUCCUCCGUGCGCUCUGGAAGAUGAAGCUCGUUCUGGGACGGUGAAGUUUACCGUUCGCAAGCAGAAGAUACACAAGUUGCAGAAAAGAAUGCAGCAGUGUAGCAGUGAUUCCUCCUCGUCGUCUCCAGUGCCCUUUGGAUUCCAGGCGGGGCCUGCUAUGUCGCUCCCAGAGUUUAGAGCGUACGCAGAGGCCUUCAUGAAGAGCUAUUUUACAACUGACGAACAGCUGACGGCGACCACCGUGGAGGAUUUUGAAGGGGAGUACUGGCGCAUCGUGGAGUGUCCGACGGAGCAAGUCGAGGUAAUUUAUGGUGCUGAUUUGGAUACAGCAAAGGUUGGGACUGGAUUUCCUAAGCCCAAACCAGAACCUGUACAAAAUGGUGCUUACGAGAAGUCAGGCUGGAACCUUAAUAACUUUGCAAGAGCCCCCGGAUCAAUGCUUUGUUUCGAAGACGCAGAAAUUUCAGGAGUAGUUGUCCCGUGGGUUUACAUCGGCAUGAGCCUGUCCUCGUUUUGCUGGCAUGUCGAGGAUCACUUUCUCUACUCCAUAAAUUAUUUGCAUUUUGGAGGGGAGAAAGUUUGGUACGGAGUUCCGAGAGGCUCUGCAACCAUGCUGGAGGACACCAUGAAGAGACACCUGCCAGAUUUGUUCAUGGACCAGCCAGAUCUUUUGCAAAAGCUGGUAACACAGUUCUCGCCAUCAAUUCUCAAAGACGAGAACGUUCCCGUUUAUAGAGCAGUACAGCGUCCUGGUGACUUUGUAGUUACGUUUCCACGGGCAUAUCACUGUGGUUUUAGCACGGGUUUCAAUUGUGCUGAAGCGGUUAACUUUGCUCCGAUGGACUGGCUUGUCCACGGGCAAGCCGCUGUCGAGCUCUACCAAAAGUUCCGGCGGAAGACGACUGUUUCUCACGACAAACUGCUCUUCGCAGCGGUUAAGGCUUGCAUAGACGCAGCCAAGACUGAUGGCGUCAGGGCUCCUUUCUGGCGGCAAACACUUGACGAUGUCGACCGACUGAGCACGCUGAUGAAAGCAUGUAAGGCAAGGAUCCAAACGGAGCACUCUAGAAGAACUUGGAGGGACGAUAUCAAGUCCCGGAAAAUGGACGCCGACUUUGAUCAUACAGAAGAAAGGGAAUGUUUGCACUGUCACUAUGACUUGCAUUUGUCCGCAGUCUCCUGCGACUGUAGCCCCGGACGGUUCGCCUGUUUGGAGCACGUCGACUUAUUGUGCAAGUGUCCGAAAGAAAGCAAGUACGCUCUUUACCGUUAUGAUCUCUCAGAGCUAUACGGCUUCCAGACGGCACUGGAGAAGCUGCUGAAAGACAUAACGGAGAAAGGCGAGUGCCUUGUGGAUGCCAGUGGUGGCGGCUCAGUAAUGUCAGUUCCUUCUAAGCACAUCGCCUCAGUCGCUUCGGCUCGAUGUAACAAGGACUCGGGAAGUAGUUCCGAAAAGAAAGCGAUGGACUCGAAAGUCAAGACAACGCCGGGAAAAGACUGUCCUCUUGUGGUUCUCAGCGACGAUGACGACUACGAAACAAACUUCGUGAAGAAAGAGGUUGAAGACGAAAAGAAUGUUUUGGAGGAGCCUGUAGAAAUCGCAACGCCGGCCCUCAAGCUAGAACUUCUCGACGUGGGGACGCUGUCGGCAGCAGGCUGGUGCAGUAAAGCUUCGAUCUUUCCUCCAGGCUUCAAGAGCCGAGUUCUUUAUUACAACUUCUUGAACUUGUCCCAGCCAUCGCAUUAUGUAUCCGAGAUCGUCGACUGUGGUGCCGAGGAGCCAUAUUUCAAGGUAUCACUCGAGAAUUCGCCGCACACUUUCGUGGACGUGUCGGCUGAUCUCUGCUGGCGAGCCAUCCAGCGGCGGCUCAACUUCGAGAUACACUCAAAGCGGAAGCUGGGAAAUUUUAACGUUCCCCGAGAAAGGCCGGUGGAAGAGAUAAGCGGCAUCGCCAUGUUUGGCUUGAGCGACCCCGCAAUCAAAAAGGUAGUGGAAGCGCUGGAUAAGAGGCACGUAUGCCGAGCUUACUGGGAGAAAACUUUCUCGACGGAACUAGAUUCUCUCGCGCUACUGAGAAAUCUAUUCCUAAAGGGAGACAAGGACGAGCUAUGGGCGCUACACAAAGUCUUGGGCGCUGAGUGGGGGAAAGAUAUGUGGAAGCAAUGCUUUCAAGCGCUGGCCGACGUUCUCGAAGGCCUCUUGGAAAGCUCGGUCAGGAAAUAAAGUGGAAUGGUGUAAAUUAUUCGUCGCAUACGUACCAAAUAAUGAUUCGUCGGA